AUGAUUUGCAGGCGGAAUCCGAUCCGAGUGCUGCUGACCCGAUUCGAAGUCGUCUUCCGCGCAACAAUGUCCUUCAAAGCGGUCGUUCUGGUGGGAGGCCCGCAAAAAGGUACCCGUUUCCGUCCUCUUUCGCUUCAAGUCCCGAAACCCUUAUUCCCAAUCGCUGGUGUGCCUUUAAUCGAACAUCAUAUCGAUCAACUGUGUCAGUUAUCCGGUCUUUCCGAAAUUUUCCUUCUCGGCUUCUACUCGCCGGAAUUGUUCACCGAAUUCAUCGAUCGCUGCCAACAGACGUACCGUGUCAGCAUCAAAUACCUCAAAGAGCCGACUCCGUUGGGAACCGCUGGCGGACUCGUCUCAUUCAAGUCAACAAUCUUAUCAGGCGAACCUGACGCGGUGUUCGUCAUCAACGCCGAUGUGUGCGGCGAUUUGCCAAUUGAGGAUAUGGGCGCCAAACUCAGCAGCCUGCCGGAAUCGAGCCUUCUGAUGCUUACCACUGAAGCCACUCGACAGCAAUCGAUGAAUUUCGGAUCGGUCGUUAUUGGCUCUGAUGACAAGGUGAUUCAUUACGUCGACAAACCGACGACAUUCGUCUCAACUCAUAUUUCUUGCGGUGUUUAUUUGAUGAAAAAGGAAAUUAUUCAGAGGCUUGAUCUACCUGUUGGCGGCAACGGUCUUUGGCUUGAAACUGACAUAUUUCCGGAGCUCGCCGCUGGUGGCAAUUUGUUCGCGCUGCACACGACCCGAUGGUGGAGCCAGACGAAAACCGCCGCCGCGGUUUUGUACGCGAAUCGGCACUAUCUUCGAUUGUACAAGAAGCGCUAUGCGGCUCGUCUGUGCAAAAACGGCGCGCAAAUCGUUGGCGAUGUUUUCAUCGAUCCGAGCGCCAAAGUCGAUCCGACCGCCAAAAUUGGGCCUAAUGUUAGUAUUGGUCCGAACGCGACGAUUGGCAAAGGGGUUCGAAUCAAGGAAUCGAUUAUUCUUCCGGAAUCGGUCAUCGAGGAAAAUGCGUGCGUCCUUCAAUCGGUUAUCGGUUGGCGUUCGGUUGUCGGAAAAUGGUCGAGAAUCGAGGGAAUCCAUGUCGAGCCGAAUCCGAAUUUGCCGUUUGCCAAGAUGGACAAUAAGCCGUUGUUCUUGCCGGACGGCCGUCUGACGCCAUCGCUGACCAUAUUGGGAUCCGAUGUUUCGGUGGCGCCUGAGAAGGUCAUUCUGAAUUGUGUGGUGUUGCCGUAUAAGGAGUUGACAAGCAGCUACAAAAACCAAAUCAUUUUGUGA